AUGCCAAGUCACGCCAAGGAUAACGCCAAGUAUUUUGCAGCCGGAAUAGUAUUAGAUGCCAAUAGUAUUAGGCUUGGACAGUGGCACACCCCAAUCUCCAACGCCAUCUGCUUCCACACAAGGCUCAUGGGGCAGCAAAGUGAACAGAACAGGGACCCCGCAGCAACCAUAGAUUCCAUUCACUCCAUCCUCGACCAGUUCGUGUCGAAUCUUCCCCCCAACUCCUCUUCUACAUCUCAGCAGCAGCAACAGCAACUGCCUGCAGCGCCCACUUCUGCUCCGCAACAGCAACCACAGCAGCAGCAGCAGCAACCACAGCAGCAGCAGCAGCAGCAGCAGCAGCAACCACAGCAACAGCAGCAACAAGCUUCCCCCGGAUCUUCCAAGCUGGCUGUCCCACAAAGUCCCGCGACGGCAGCGCCCGUCGCUCCGAGUACCCCAUCUAUUCCGGCAAAGGAGGAGACAAACCUCGGCUGCCAAUGGAACGGGUGCCAGGAAAAGUUCGAUUCGCCAGAGGAGCUAUAUAACCAUUUAUGCGAUAUCCACGUCGGUCGCAAGUCAACUAACAACCUAUGCUUAACUUGCGCAUGGGGCACCUGCCGGACAACAACCGUAAAGCGCGACCAUAUCACUUCCCACAUUCGUGUACAUGUGCCGCUUAAACCGCACAAAUGUGAGUUUUGCGGUAAAGCUUUUAAGCGACCGCAGGAUUUGAAAAAGCAUGUGAAGACACAUGCGGACGACUCUGUCCUGCUCCGCAGUCCGGAGCCGGAUGGUACGGGCAGACGCGCAUCGGGCGUUCAUCAGGCUCGCGUGGGUGCACCUUUUGCUUCAAACGGGUAUGAUCGUGGGAGCUCAUUGCUUUCUUUACAGGGAGAUAAUGUACACUCUCCGUACACGACUAGUGCUGGUAUGCAGCCCCUUGCAGCCACAGCCGCGCAGGCGUAUUAUGGAAGUAUGCAUCCCCAACCUCUUAAUUUUGGUACACAUCCUCAUUUUGUGUCAGGCCUUGGGGCGUAUUAUCCGGCUCCGAACGGUGCACCGAAUCCAGGAGUUUAUUAUUACCCCACCCCUCAACCCGCGCCUCAACAGGACGGAAUGAACCAGCAGCAGCAGCCUGGUGGCGAGAGCAAAAAGCGAGCAUUUGAUGGCGUAGAUCAAUUCUUCGAGGACGCUAAAAGGCACAAAAUCCAGCCGGUUUAUGAUGGCAACAUGGCACAGCGCCUAUCUGCUCUACAGCAAUUCGUGCCUACCACUUCUGGAGAGACUGUUGACUUUAACGGACACCAUGCUGCAACCGUUACUGCCCCCGCUGCUGGCCAAAGCCAAUACACGCUCCCGUCUCUGCGUACCAAGCAGGACCUCAUUGAUGCUGACCAUUUCCUGACCCAGCUCUCAGCCAAUGUAUAUGAAAGCCCUGCCGCUGCAGCGGCCGCCGGCGUCCCCGCUGGAAGUCAUUUCACCCAGCCUUACCGCAAUAACCAGCCGACUUCCCCGCAUGGUACUCAAACACAGCAGCAUAGUCCUAACCACACACCUGGUCACGAUAACGCACCUGCCGCAGCGGCGAUUAUGCAAGCUUCAAACUCAACUAGCUCGGGUGGUACCUCCGCUCUGACGCCUCCAACAUCAAACUACACAACUUCUCACUCGCCUAACCAGCAGCAUACAACACCUCCGUCUUCAUCGCCACAAUCUGCAUCAUCUAUGUACCCUAGUCUUCCGGCUAUCCCCACUAGUGGCGAAGCAUACCCUGCACCUGUCUCAACAGCUCCAGCAUCGUCCCUUGGUCCUACCUUCGAAUCAGAGCAAAGGCGUAGAAUCAGCGUUGGAGUUUUGCAAAGAGCAAAACCGGUUCAAGCGGAUCAGGAUGUGGAUAUGGAUAGAGAUGACAAUGCGGAUAAGAAGAGCGAAGUAUCUGAUAGUCUAAUUGACCCAGAACUCGGUGCCUUGUCGGCGGAGGUUUCUGCCCCAGCAGCCCCCGAAGACCCUGCAAAGGAAUGGGAAAAGAACAUCGAAUUACUCUCAAACCUCAGGGAUUACGUUAAGAACCUGCUGCAAGAGGAAGAAAAGAAGGAACUCAUGGAGCAGGAGCAGGAUCAGAUAAUGACCGACCAAGAUGGUGGUGUCAACGCAGAACCUGGUCAGGAAGGUGCCGAUAACGGAGGAGCCGAAAAAACCGAGGAGCAAACUGAUGAGCAGGCUCUCUACCCAGUGCUCAGAGCAGUAGCUGUUGCCUAG